GUGUGAAUUCAUGUGUGCUCAGUCUGUCUGUCUAUUAGACUGACCCCCCAGCACGCUGUUUAAAGGGAAGACAAGAGAGCUGAGUCAACGAAUCACAAGGAGAAGGAUGCAACAGUUGAUGUGCGCAAGUUGCACAGUUUUCUUGUGUUUGGAGACGGCCUGCACACAAGGAGGAUUGUGGCUAUGAUCUGUGUGGAGAAAGGAUCGGAUGUUUUGCUGCUUUAGAACUCAUCUGUCAGAUAAAAUCAAACAGCAGAUCUGCGCUUCUUCCAAGCGGCGGGUGUAAGUUCGGCUGUCCACUCGCGUUGUCUUUUUCUCGCCAAAAUGGACAUUUGGACUGAAGUGCAUUUGGAGGGACUUCAUGCUCUGCUGGAAUGGAGUUGGUGGGGAUUUCGGAUGGUCUGCGGCGGUGAGUAGCAGUGCAGUCUGCACCAAUAUGCAUCGGAUUCUGCAGAGGAGGCGAGUGCGCAAGCUGCGGGUCGUCUGGGCUUCUCUGGCCCUGGUGGCUCUGUCUCUGGCCGCAUGCAGCGCGCUGUUUACGGCGUGGACUUGGCGACAGACGCGGGACCUGUCUCAGUCCUUCAAGAUCCUGCAGGACCGACUCGAGCAGGUCAAUACACAGAGGAAGGCCAUUGUUCAGCUCAUUCUGGAGAAGAGAGAGCUGCUGGUGGGGCAGAGAGUCAAGAGAGACGGGGGGACGUUGCGAGGGAGGAAUGGAAAUGGAAAGAAAGCGGCGUCUCAUUUUGAGAUAACCAAAGUCUCCUCUCAGCAAGUGGGAGAAGGUGGUGUGAUAAAGGGCUGGGAAGAGAGAACGUUGAAUAUGAGCAAAGCGGUGAGGUACAACAAGGAGCAAGGCACCUUCACUGUCGAGAAAGCGGGUGUCUACUUCCUGUUCUGCCAGGUGUUGUUCAAUGAGCAGCAGUCUCAGUAUGUGAAGCUGGAUGUGGUGACCAGCGGCCUAAGGCCUCAGAAGCUGCAGUGCAUGGAGGGAUACGGGACGACCCCCUCUGCCGGGCCGCACCCCUUCCACUUCCUGAAGCCCUGCCAGGUGUCUGGCCUCCUGCGACUGGACAAAGGCACGGAGCUGCAGGCCAUUACAGGCUCGUCCUUCAGACUCCACACUGUAGGCAAUCCUUCAGCCUCGCCUCAUGUCUUCAGCAUCUUUAAAGUCAACUGAAGCUCGGUGCUCAGCUGAGCUGGGUUGGAAACUUUUCACAAGUACACAAACUCAUCUGAGUGCAGCAAAAUUAACUUGUUUUUGUACGGAUCAGAGGUUUUCUCUACAUGGUGAAACAGUCAUAAGCAGUCAAAGCAUCACAUAAUGCUCCAGCUUCUUCCCAAAGACGUUAAUUUGAAAGACAAACCUGACAUUUGUGGAAGCUGUUAUGGAAUUUUUCUCUGGACUGCGGGGCUGUUUUGGAACGCAGAUUUUGGAUUAAAACCAAGACCCACAGUGAACAAAUGCCUCGAUGAAUGUCUGCCGAGAGAACAGAUGUGAUGGAAGCUGCUCUGUAGAUACAGAGCUUCAUAUAAAAAGAAAAUUCCUUGGAUGUUCAUCUUAGCCUUUGUAUCAUGCAAUAAAUUGUGCUUACACUCUUUUUAUAAGACUGAGAGUAAAACUGUGCAUGCACCUUCCACUUCCACAGCUGAGAGCACGUCUGUGGACGUCUCGACACUAUAAAGGCUACAUGACUUGUCAUUGAUAUUUUAUAUAAUGCAGCGUAUGUGUGUGUAUGAAAUCUAACGAAUCAAACUACUCUUGUUUAAACUGAUUUUAUGAUCUAAACAAUGCAAUGUGUAUAAGAGAGUGUGAAAUUACUGCAAGUCUUUUUUUUAAAUACUUUGUAUAUAUGUCACAUUUUACGUAUGUGCAUCAAGUCAGGAGCUGGCAAAGAAAAGGGGAACAUUUUAAAUAACAUGGAUGUGAAUUUGUUCUCUUUUCUAGGGUCAAAUGAUUGUUUGUGUACUUUUAAAAAGAAGAUGCAAGUUAUAGUCAGCAAAGCAUACAGCUUUAAAUACAGCUUUCUCUGUCGUUUCUUCUUCCUACUCCAGUUUGAUGACACAAUAACCAUCACUUCCAUGCUUGUUUGUUAGUGAUCUGACAAUUGUUAAUCAGUCAGUCUAAACAGAAGUGGGGAGGCCCUAACACAUCUAAAACUAUGGUGUAAGUAGAAGUUACCAUUGAAUUUUCUUUUCUUUUUUUAAAUCAAGUACACAAAGUGUGAAGAACUUUACAUAAAUUAUUUACUUACAAAUAACCAUAAUAAUCAGAAAGUGAAACAUCAAAAACUAUUCGAUGGACUUCCAUAAAAUCAGUGCCCACAUUCAGUCAUGUGUCAGGAUGAACUGUAAUCACUUUCUAGAGCCAUCAGCAGGUCAAGACUUCAGUCUGUCCGAUAGUUUUGUGUGACUAAAUUCAUAUAAGACUGCAAUUCACAUCAGCCUUAGCUAGAUUUUGUAUUUUGUACAUAGUCUGUGUAUAAAAGAUGGAAGUAGCCUGCAGGUCUGAAAAGUAAAGCCAACAGGAGUGCCUUAAACCUGCUUUUUUGUUUUUUUACAACAGUCAGCAGGAGGCGAGUUCUCUAACAUAGAAGUUAAUGAGAAAAUGAACCUGCUUCUCAGUUGAUUUAUUUCCUCAGUCAGCAUUUUCCCAGUGAGCUUAUGGUACCAAUUAAUAGUUUCAAGUUUCCUUCAAUACAGCAAUUUUGCUCAUUUAGUAAAUUAUGGUCCCAUUUAGAGUGAAAUAGACAAUAAAGCGGGAUUUGCUUUAGGGUGGGGCUUCCUUGUGAUUGACAGGUUGCUAUUACUACUCUAUUGCAGUGUGUAAUGUCCUGAAUGAGUUCUCAGGUCUGCUCUCACUCAUCACAGGGAGAUCACAACAGCUAACUUCCAAAUUAGAUGCUUCAAAGUUGUCCACAAACCAGUUGUUAAUGUCACUGUAGGUACAUUCAUCAUUCAUAUACAGUCUAUGUUUUUACAUUAACUAGCAUUAACAUUAGCACACUAACACGAUAAACAUGACAUAAAUUACACCUGCCAAACAUCAGCAUGUUAGUAUGUACACCGUCACAGAGCCAUAAGUGUGGCUGUCACUCUUAACAUUAGCCUUACUUUGUAAUCAAUUAUCACAGCGAGUUGCUUAUUUUAAUAAUUAAAAAAAAUGCUAAUAUUAUGGUGCAACUUUACACAUCAAUACAUAUACCCUCACCAAAGUCAACUUAAAGUUACUCCAUAGUCUGUCUCGCCUCUAUUGUAUUUUUGAUUUUUAGUGCUAAUUAGCAAAUGUUAGUAUGCCAGCACAUUAGACCGAGUUACACUAUUUAUACUGUCAUUUGGAGCGUUAGCUUGGCAGCAGCUGGUGUGGCUGGAGACUUUCUUCUUGCCCUGAGGAUGUGGCUUAACUUGGUUGUUGUUUUUUUCUUUUUUUGUUUUGUUUUUUUUACUGAAUUUAUAAAAGCCAGCAAUUAGGAGUUUGUCUUCACUGUAAAUCACUUGUGUGACACCAAAGCACGACUCUGCAGAAGCAUGGACAAGAUCCAACAUUCAUUUACAAUGGAGCAGUUCCAGGUUGUACGCCUUGAUAACCUCGAAAAUAACCAGAACGUUCUGGUUAUCUGGCUUCAGGCUGAGAAAGAGUGGGAAAUGGUGUGACACUGAAACUUGUGCUUAAACUCCAAAGAUCUAUAUAUCCAUGUGAGACAUGCAGAAUGUUUAUCAGUCACUUCUUUACUUUUAUACCUUGUUUGAAAUUAAACUCCCUCCAUUCUCUCAUAUGCUGCUGCUUUCUGUAAUAUUCCCUGCUACAAUACAAACAGUGUGUAUUUCUAGCAGUGGGUUUCAGCACUCCCACUCUUGUUUAUAAGUAGUUUUUGUGGACGGACCGCAUUGGUUUCUCCUCAGCACUUUACUGCAGCGAUCGUAGUGUUUUUAAUUGGAGCCAAACAUUCAUGUUGUCAAAUGGAAAAAUGUCAGAUUUUAGAGUGUAGACAUUAUAUCCUGUUUGAUUUCCUCAUCGUUUUCCUCUUUCCUUUUUGUGUCUGUCACCCCCUACACAUCCCUGUGCACCUCAUGUUUCCUUGUCACCGCCGAUCACACCGCACACACACACACACACACACACACACACACACACACAGCCCCUUGAGUGUCCUCUCUGCACACACACACACACCAGCAGCAGCCAUCUAAAUUUUCACUUCCUGAAUCUGAACCUGAACCACAUAGCUCAAAGCCUUUGAGGAAAAACAUGCCUUGUCCCUCCCCCGUCACCACACACACAGUCGUACACACUUCCCUGCCCCGAUUCCUUUUUCCCCUAAAUGUCAAAGUUUACUACCACCUCGGAAAAUCUUGUGAAGUCUUGUGAAGAAGUUGCCUGUAAAAUGAUGAUGUAUGCAUUGCCUUAAAGUUUUGAUUUCUUCCAACUCACUCACCAUAAAUGUUGAAUAAACCUUUCUUGUUGUUUUGAUAUUU